GCCCCGGCUCACGCGAGCUGGGUGUUUCCUGUCUCUCUCAGUCCGGGUUUGGAGACUCCGGCGUCCUCCGGCUUUUCAUGGAAGAGAUGUCAGGAGAAAGUGUGGUGAGCUCAGCGGUGCCAGCGGCUGCGACCCGCACCACUUCCUUCAAGGGCACAAGCCCCAGCUCCAAGUACGUGAAGCUGAACGUGGGCGGAGCCCUCUAUUACACCACCAUGCAGACACUGACCAAGCAGGACACCAUGCUGAAGGCCAUGUUCAGCGGGCGCAUGGAAGUGCUCACCGACAGUGAAGGCUGGAUCCUCAUUGACCGGUGUGGGAAGCACUUUGGUACGAUACUCAACUACCUUCGUGACGGGGCGGUCCCCUUGCCCGAGAGUCGCCGGGAGAUCGAGGAGCUGCUGGCAGAAGCCAAGUACUACCUGGUGCAGGGCCUGGUGGAAGAGUGCCAGGCAGCCCUACAACAGAACAAAGAUACUUAUGAGCCUUUCUGCAAAGUUCCUGUCAUCACCUCAUCCAAGGAAGAACAGAAACUUAUAGCGACUUCAAAUAAGCCAGCCGUGAAGUUGCUCUACAACAGAAGUAACAACAAAUACUCAUAUACCAGCAAUUCUGACGACAAUAUGUUGAAAAACAUCGAACUGUUUGAUAAGCUGUCUCUGCGCUUUAACGGAAGGGUCUUGUUCAUAAAGGAUGUGAUCGGGGACGAAAUCUGCUGCUGGUCCUUCUAUGGCCAGGGCCGCAAGAUCGCUGAAGUCUGCUGUACCUCCAUCGUCUACGCCACCGAGAAGAAACAGACCAAGGUGGAGUUCCCUGAAGCCCGGAUUUAUGAAGAGACCCUGAACAUUUUGCUGUACGAGGCCCAGGAUGGCCGGGGACCUGACAACGCGCUCCUGGAGGCCACGGGCGGGGCAGCCGGGCGUUCCCACCACCUGGACGAGGAUGAGGAACGGGAGCGGAUCGAGCGCGUGCGGCGGAUCCACAUCAAGCGCCCGGACGACCGGGCCCACCUCCACCAGUGAGCGGGCAGUGGGCCCCGCGCCGCCCCCUCCGCCCUCCUCUGCCCUCCUCCUCCUGCUGUGCACUCAGAUCCUCCGGCCCCAGGCACCUCUCGCUUCCCUCAGAGGCCAGAGAUGCUUUCGUAACAAGCCAGAUGGCGAUUUUGGUAUUUCUUGACCAGGUGAAUGGAUUGUCUUUACCCAGGUGAAUGCACCCCUGCCGCUGAACAAGCUGGGUCCAAGGUCUCUGCUUCCCCGAGAACCCAAGGAGCCCGGGAGCUGGGCUGUCUGGGCUCUCGGAGGAAGGGUGUGAAUGGUGAUGCGUAAGUGAGAGCUUGUUUGCAGUAUUUAUUUUUGUGAAUGUUGACUUCCGAUUUUAGCUUCUUGGGUAGCCUUCCCUCCGGGGUUCAUUCAGUCUGUCGGCGCUGAGAAGGGUCCCGUAGUUGCUGGUCCCCUGAGGUGUCUGCGAUCUCCCUGUUUCACAGCCCUGCAGCCCAGCACGCCAGCCCCGGCAGUCUCCACCGCCUAACAAGCGGCCUGUCUCGCCGCGGGCUCCACGCCUAGAGCUCUUUGGCCAAUAACCGCAGCCCGCAGCGAUAGGGGUGGCGCUGGGGGUUCCUGCCACUCACUUGCCGUUCCUCGCAGAGCUCUAGGUGCCCAGCUGUGUGGAAGAGGCAAGCCCGUCAGCCCCUGGGCUGAUCUGUGGUCUGGUGUCUGUGGGGACCCCGGUCGGUCUGGCUCCUGCCCCUCCCCCGCCCUCCCCGUUGACCGUUCCCUUCCGGGAAGGCCCCCAGGCCUGCCCACGGGCAUGGCGCGCACACCGCUCCCCUGUGGGAUCCAUUCUUCCCUCCUCAGCCUUUUCCCUGUUAAGUGGGGCUUACCCCAAGCAGGCGCCCUGUCCUUUGUUUAGAAGAAAUUAAAUUGUGGCCCCAGACUCUCUGUCCUGGUGUCCAGCCGGACCACCACCCCUCAAACCAGCAGCCUAAGGAUGGCUGCCUGCCGUAAACGCAGCCCUCACCUGGAGAUCCCCGCCGUGUCUUUGCCUCUGGUUUGUACACAGUGGAGUGUGGCCAUCAGUGAGCAGAGGGGUAGGAUGUGCAGAUCCUGUGGGGUCUGGUCAGUGUCUGAAUUAGUGUUUGGUUCAGGGACGUGUGUGACUGGAUGAGGAUGUGUGUUCGUGGCUUCGGGCUGCUGUCUGCACGGCGCCCGUGUGGGACGGACGUUCCCGGUUACCUACCUCCCAGUCCCCUCUGUGCCCGGGAUGGGACAGAAGGGAAGUUGUGACGAAUAUGGGUGGUUGAGACUAGACUAGGUGUAGUAGUUAGAGGGAGAUGUGAAUGUGUGCAAGGUAGUGGAUGGAUUUUGUCUGCUCUUCAAGGGAAAGUUACUGUUUUAUACCAAAGGUAUUAAUACAGGCGGCCUUUGACACAGUGUAUUCCAAAAAAACGAGUUUAUAUUUUGAAAUGGUUUUUACAGCUCAGACUUUGUGCUCACCGCCCUACUUGUGACAGUUGUACGCCUUUAUUUUGUAUCCAGCAGCAAAGCCUACAGCAAAAUCCUCAAACAAUCAUGACUGAACCUAAAAAUCACAGAUAGGGUAGGUGCUUCUUAAUCUGUUAUGUGGGAAACUUUCAUAUUAGGCCAUUUGGGUUUUAUAAAGCACUAAUGAGGAUGUGGGGGGGCAUAAGUACUAUUUCAUAAACAUUUUAUACUGUUGAAGUUUUAAAUAUCCACCCUGCUGUUUGGGUUGGACUUUUUUAGAAAGUGAAUGUCAAUGCUGAUGUUUCCUGUAGGAAUGGGAAAAGCUGUGGCAUAAAUCUGUUUUUUUAAAUGUUUAUGUGAAGAGUAAGUCGGUGGAGCCGUCUGAUUUGUUGGGGCUUCUGCACCCCCGGACCUAAUGUUUUUCUGGCCGUCUCUCUACUUCCGUGUUUCCUCCAACUUUGAACUUGUAGUUUGGAGUCUUUGCUUCCCUGGGAUGUGAAUGAGUUCGUAACACAUUCCACGGUGAGCGAUGCUGUUAGCGGCACACAGCCAGGAGCCGACAGUGUUGGCUGGGCCAAGCUCUGUUAUCAUGUAUGUUCUACGUGGAGCCAAUUUCUUUUAUGAGCACUAAGGGCAAACAAAAGUCGAUAUUUCCAUUUAAGAACCAUCCAAGUAAAACACUGGCCUAAGAUUUGGUAAAGAGUAAAGUUUUAUUACCUGCUAAUAAAUUACAGUGUAAAAAGCGGAAUAGCUUUGGGUCCCUUGUAAUCAGGAUUUUUCAAAUAAGUCAUUUGAUGGGUGCCUGGCGGCCUCAGCCCAAGACAGGUCUAAGCGCCGUCCUCCUGCAGGAGCUGAGCUGGGUGGUCGCUGGCCAGGGACCCCGGCCCUCCCUCUGGAGGGUGUGCUCUCUAGGGCUCCACCCAGAGUCAUUGUAACACGUGUGUGUCCUGGACCUUUCUGUCUCUCUGUACGAUGGAAAAAAAUGCUCUGAGCUUUAGAUGUAGUCACUGUAUGUUGUACAAGCAUUUCUGGACAUAUGUAAAAUAAAGGUUGUGUAACGCUUC